AAAAUACAUACUGAAGUCCAUUUGCUGUACCACCCUCCCCCAACUCCCUCUCCGCCUUAUGUAACACAACAAUUGGGAUUUGGACUUUGGAUUCUUUUCCAUGCAGAGGCUGGGCUUCACUUUUCCAGAGCAAACUUUAGAGUUUAUUCCUCUCCUGAGAUUCAAAGGUCCCUCGAUGGGGUUCAACCAGGGUGUUUUGCUUCUGCUGGCGAGCACGUCCCUCCUGACGGGCUCCGGUGUGCUGGCCGGAAAGAUUCUGGUGUUCCCGGUGGACGGAAGCCACUGGGUCAACAUGAACCUGCUGAUCCAGAGCCUUCACUCCAGGGGCCACGAGGUCACCGUGGUCCGCACGGCCACCAGCUGGUACGUCAAAGAAAACGCUCCGCAUUACCGCUCCCUCACCGUCACCCUGCCGGGAGCCAUCAGCAUCGAAGAGGAGGACUUCUUUGUGACCUUCCUGGUCAAGAUGCUGGCGAUUCACAAAGAGGGCGCGUCGAUUAGCGGCUUCGUGAAGUUCUACUGGGAGAUGCUCGGCACGCUGUCGAACAUCCACCGACAAGCAAGCUUGUUGGCCGUGGAAAUGUUCGAGAACAAGACUCUGAUGCAAAGUAUCCGCAACACCCAGUUCGACGUGGUUCUCCUGGAUCCGGGGCUGCCGGUUGGAGUUCUGGUGGCCCAUGAACUGAAGCUGCCGACUGUUUUUAAUGUGAGGUGGAUCACCAGUGGAGAGGGACAUUUUGUUGUGGCUCCGUCUCCAACGUCCUACGUUCCGACGUCGGGAUACGCCGCGUCGGAUAAGAUGAACUUUGCGCAGCGGGUCAAGAACACUUUCCACUAUUUCCUCAACACGUGCAUUGACAGGUUUAUAGUAUGCCCUCAUUAUGACAGACUAGUAGAUAGGUACUUUGGUCCAGAUGUGAAGUUCUAUCACCUCCUACAAGGUGCCGACAUCUGGCUCAUGAGGGUGGAUUUUGUCUUUGAAUUUCCUCGACCCACCAUGCCAAACAUCGCCUACAUUGGCGGUUUCCAGUCAAAGCCUUCCAAGCCUUUGUCGUCAGAGCUGGAAGAGUUUGUCCAAAGUUCAGGAGAGCAUGGAUUCAUCCUGAUGUCUCUUGGGACACUAGUGAAUGGCCUACCCAUAGAAAUCACCUCUGAAAUCGCUGCUGCUUUUUCCCAAAUUCCCCAAAAGGUCAUUUGGAGGCAUGCCAGUGCGCCGCCCAAUAAUCUGGGCAACAACACCCUGCUGGUGAAAUGGAUGCCCCAGAACGACCUCCUGGCUCACCCAAAGAUCAAAGCCUUCGUGGCUCACGGUGGCACCAACGGGAUCUACGAGUCCAUGUACCACGGCGUGCCAAUCGUGGGCAUUCCCCUCCUGUUUGACCAGUUUGAGAACAUCUUGAGGUUGGAGGCGCGAGGAGCCGCCAAGUCGGUGGACGCGACCAAACUCACUCGUGAGAACUUUAUGGAAGCGAUACAAGAAGUUCUCCAAAAUCCCUCCUACAGGAAUAACAUGAAGCGCCUCUCCGCUCUCCAUCGGGACAAACCGAUGCAUCCUCUGGAAACUGCGCUUUACUGGAUUGAGUUUGUCAUGCGGCACAAAGGAGCUGCACAUUUACGCACAGAGUCUUACAAGAUGCCCUGGUACGCCUAUUAUUCUGUAGAUGUUAUUUGCUUUUUGGUGGCAGUCUUGUUGAUGCUGACAGCCGUCAUAGUGGGAUCGAUACGAUUCGUUUGCUUUAGACUGUGCAGGAGGAGAAAAACCAAAAAGGAGUAGCUCACAUUGGAUUAGUUCAUAUCAAAGCUUUCUUAAACAGCAGCCAUGAGAAUGUUCUGUUCUUCAGGCAACUGAAAUUACUCAACACCAAAGGGUUGUUUUCAGUAAAAACAUCAUUGCUUGGCUUAAAAUGACUAUAGAAAUAAACAAAACAAAGCUCAGUAGAAGUACUUUGAUGAUUGUUAUCUAAAACCUCUUCCAACGUAAUUAAAAAUGUAAAUGGGAACUUCUUUUUCAGAUAUUCAUGGUUACCAGAUGAUCAAUAGUCUCACUUUCACUGUUGCGCCACCAUGAGGUUACAUUACAUUACAUGUCAUUUAGCCGACGCUUUUAUCCAAAGCGACUUACAAUAAGUGCAUUCAACCAAAGGGUACAAACUCAGAAGAACAAGAAACAAGAAAGUGCAAUUUCCUCAAAUAAGCCAAUUUACAAUUUGCUAUAGACGAGUAGCGUUAUAAGUACAAUUUAAGUGCUACAAUUUGUUAAAACCGGUGCUUGUUGCUGAAAUGCUUCGACAACUAUUUUGGAAAUUUGGUUCAGAAAGAGUCCUGGUUUUACUCGUAAUGCAAAAACUAACAUAGAUUCCCAUCAGCUGCAUGCUGACAUCACCAUUAACUAUGAGUCAUGUUAAAGGUUUACGAUUGUAUAAAAAACAAAAUGUCCCAAAACACACUGAACUACCUUAUUUCAUAUUAUAUCUGCUUUUACAUGGAUCAACAUUUCAAAAUGAUUGCUGAUACUUUAUGUUGUGUAUUAUCUUCGUAAUUGUCACUUAAACAAAGAAAUUGCACCAUGGCAUAACUGAAGAAACCCAUACUUCAAAAUAAAAAGUAAAAAGAA